GGCUGAUCACAAAAUUGCAAUUGAAGCUGAUGCUAACAAGAGAGAAGAAUUGAAGGGUUUCUUAUACAAAUAUUGGCCUGAUACAAUAGAGAUAUUGCAUGGAUUGAGAUUGGGAAAGGAUCAUAAUGCCAAGAUUUUAAUUGAUAAUUGGCCUGAUGUAAAAACUGUAAUACUAACCUAUGAUGAAGGAGAAACUACAUUAAUUUUUUCAUUUGGCACUGAUAAUUCAAAAACGGCUUCAAUUUUAAGGUCUGUUAUUGAUUUGCAUUUGAAUGAUUCACAGCAAAUAUUUACUUACGGUUUUGCUGAAAUUUUUCAAGAAACAAAGAAAUUUAACGUAGAUAUAAACUAUGAACCCUUUUUUCGAUAUGUUUACACAACAGAUACAGUGAUAGAAAGACCAACUCUUCCUGAAGGAUAUAAAAUUGAUAUUAUUCAUUCGUCUGAUAUUGAUUUUGUGGUAUCAAAAUGGGGACUAGCUAAAGGUAGUCUCAAAAUGAAACAGUUGAUGAGGCGUUACAUUACCAAUUAUCCAAAUGUUGCAAUUUAUGAUACAUCAAUCGAACCUCCUCGCUUAGUUUCAUGGAAUGUAUCAUCAGCAAUUGGCUGCCUCUACCACUUUUUUACAGUUGAGGAACAUCGUGGCAAAGGAUUAGGAACCAUUGUCAAAAUAGAAUUGUUACAAAAGAUUCUAGCUAAAGGGAUCACACCAUUUAGUUACAUUUAUACUGAUAAUGCUAAAGCCCAAACAAUAUCUGAGAAGAUUGGAUUUGUUCGGGGCUCACUUUUGGCUGCUCAACUUAUUUUACAUUAAACCCUUUCUAACAUAGACAGCUUUUUGCUGUCAGACCUUUGAUGUGUUUAGGCAAUACUUGGGCAAAAAGUUGUAAAGCUUUUCUUUACACAUUUUGGCAACAAGUUACGACAACAAAACUACUGGCAACGAAGCUGAUUGUCAAAUACCGCUAUAAUGUGGAUUGUUAUGGUGUGGUUGUUAGUUUGAGAGAAGUAGGGAUCUAUAUCAAACUUCAGUUACAAUUGCACAUUUAGUUACACUCCUUUUAUAUAAAUAGAAUUACAAUUAUGCCAUGUUGAAGUAAUUUCAAUUAAAAAUACUAUUUUUAAAUGUUUUGCAUUUAACAGAAACCUAUAGCUUGCUUUUUAAAAUGGAAUUUUAUGAUAACAUAUUGUCAAUCAGAAAAAAAUGAUUAAAAUGAUGAUUUUCUCCUAUAGCAAUUUUUGAUGUGCAUGCUGAUUGAGCCUGAGACAUAUAUCCUCUACUACUUAUUUACAACUGAAGUUCCUUCCAUUCUCAAAAAUCAAAUUGCCACUUUAUUACACUGAUUGUUACAAUCUAUAUGGAUCUAACUCUUAAUAUAAUAUAAUAAAAUUAUACUAAAAAGUUAUUACUAUUAUAACUUGCUCUAGUUGACUUGCCAGUGGCUAAUCUCAUGUAUAUAAAAAGGUGUGCCAACUGGUUGCAAAUUAGUGGUUAGGUGAUGGAUCACAAAGUUGCUAUUGAAGUUAAUGCUAGCAAGAGAGAAGAACUGAAGGAUUUCUUAUGCAAAUAUUGGCCUGAUACAAUAGAGAUAUUGCAUGGAUUGAAAUUAGGAAAAGAUCAUAAUGCUAAGAUUUUAACUGAUUGUUGGCCUGAUGUAAAAACAGUAAUACUAACCUAUGAUGAAGGAGAAACUACAUUUGUUUUUUCAUUUGGCACUGAUGAUUCAAAAACAGCUUCAAUUUUAAAAUCUGUCAUUGAUUCACAAUCAAAUGAUUCACAUCAAAUAUUGAUUAAUGGUUUUGAAGUUUUUCAAGAAAUGAAGAAAUUGAACAUAGAUACAAAUUGUGCACCCUUUUUUCGAUAUGUUUACACACCAGGUGCAGUGAUAGAAAGACCAACUCUUCCUGAAGGAUAUAAAAUUGAUAUUAUUCAUUUGUCUGAUAUUGAAUUUGUUGUAUCAAAAUGGGGAGUAGCUAAAGGUAGUCUCAAAAUGAAUCAGUUGAUGAGGCAUUUCAUUACCAAUUAUCCAAAUGUUGCAAUUUACGAUACAUCAAUUGAACCUCCUCGCUUAGUUUCAUGGAAUGUAUCAUCAGCAAUUGGCUGCCUCUACCACUUUUUUACAGCCGAAGAACAUCGUGGCAAAGGAUUAGGAACAAUUGUCAAAAUAGAACUGUUACAAAAGAUUCUAACUAAAGGGUUCACACCGUUUUGUUACAUUUAUGCUGAUGAUGCUAAAGCCCAAACAAUAUCUGAGAAGGUUGGAUUUGUUCGGGGCUCACUCUAUUUGCGUUACAUCAAUUAACUCUUAAUCAUUAUUAUAU